AAAGCGCGACGCGAACCUCGCGCGGAGACUUCCUGCGCCGCUCGGACGCGCUCGACGACGAUGCGGACGAUCGCGCGCGUCGCGGGCGUCGCGAACGCGCGCCGAGUCGCGACGCCACGUCAGCGCGCGCGACGCGCGGCGUCGACGGUCGCGACGCGCGCGAAGGAGGCGAACGCGGCGUCGGAGACGGUGGACGACGUCGCGCUGGGCAUGGAGCCGUGUCUCGUGGGAUGGGCGGAUAAGGACGCGAACGGGGCGGACGUGUACUGCUGCGAACAACCGGGGGGCGAAGUCGCGUGCCAAGUCGCGGACACGACGGAGAAGGUGGAGUGCGCGAUCAUCGAGGACGAGGAGACGGGAGAGAUGACGGUGGAUUGCUCGAAGAUCGAGAGGGCGUGA